AUGCUGAACUGCUCCGAACCGCCGGCUCGCCCCGUCCGCAGGAGCGCUUGGAUAGUGAGCGCUCUCUCCCAUUACUUCGGCUCGGAGAGCGCCCAGGAGGACAACGAGAUCGUGGUUCUAGCCACCGGCACCGACCAGUAUCUGCAGGAAAUAUUCCAGCAUUUGAAUUACCAGGGAGACGGUCUGGUGUCUGCCGAGGACUUCCGACUGCUUUGCUCCGUGUUGGACUUGGUGCGUGACGAGGAGGGUCAGUCUUUGUUGGCCGGGCUGCCCGAAGCGGUCACUUUCCGGCAAUUUCAUGCUAGGCUCUGCGGCUAUUUCCACCAGAGAGCCGGGCAGAACCCGGGGAGGCUGCCGGUGGGGAAGGAGACGGAACAUAUCGAGAGGCAAAUCAGCCUGAGGUGCCCCCGGCGGCGGAGGAGGAAGAAAUGCGUCUCCUUUGACCUCUCCAAGGGUUGGGUGGAGAACCAAGCGCACGGGACGUCCUGUCCUAACCUCCGAAGUGGACCAAGUCCCGCCGGGGACGGGGAGACGAGUCCCACCUCCCUGGAGUUGGAGAACGCCAGCCUGCGAGAGCUGGUGGAGGAUCUCCGAGGCGCCCUGCAGGGCAGCGACGCGCGGUGCCUGGCUCUGCAAGUCGCCCUCCAAAAGGUCUACACUUGGACAGAGCGAGGAUCUCCAAGCUGGGCUAAGAGGAGCGAGGCAGUGGAGAGGAGCUGUCCGGGGUUCCGGAGUGCGCUGAGGGAGCUGGAGCUGAUCAGGGAAUCCAGGGACGGUCAGAUCCAGGAAGCCAUGCGGUUCAACCAGCAGCUGGAGGAGGAGCUGAGACAGGCGCACUGCCUGCUGGCCCGGUGGGAGCGGUCGGCGGCCGCCCUCACAGCCUGCACGACCCAGAUCAGGAGGAAGGCGGAAGAAGCCAGCGCACAGCUGCAGGGUGCCAUAGAGAAGGUGAGGGAGCUGGAGGAUGGAGCCAAGCAGAUCCCCAUUCUGCAGAGCAGAGUCCAGGAGCUGGAGCGGGAGCUGGAACAGUACAGAUCACAAGGAAGUCAGAGCACAGUGGCCUCUGCCCUGCUGAACCGCUCACAGCUCAUCCAGAAGCACUGUGCCAGGAGUCCCUGCCAGCAACAAGUGCGGAGAUCUCCGACCGGGAAAGCAGAAUCAACUCCAGAGGCCGGGAGUUACGGUGGAGAGCAGAUGAGGCCUUCUCCCUGUAAUGAAGAUGAGGAGCGGUUACUGAGGGCGGUGGAGGGCCGGGCAGCUUCUGACGAGGAGGAGGAGGGAGGUUCACCGGACCAGCAAAGCCAGGUGUUGACAUUGAAUGAAGAUGCCUGCAGCAGCGGAGAUAGGAGUCCCAGUAGCACAUUACAGCGAUUACUGUCUUACAACUGCAGCUGUCGUCACGCAGGGAGAGGUGCUGAGGUCUCCAGGGAAAGGGAGAAGGAACUCGCGGCAGAGCUAAAAAACAAGGAGAAACAAGUGGCUGAUCUCCAGGCUGAGGUAGACCAGUUAGCUUGUUCAACGACAAAGGAGCUUCAGCUGAAGGGGGAGGAGGUGGAGAUGCUGCGGAUGGAAGUGCAGAUGGUUGAAGCCGAUCGCGUAAGGCUCUCACUGGUGGAGGAGAAGCUGACCGAUGUCCUACAGCUUUUGCAACAGCUGCGACUGCUGAAUAUAUCAAGACGAGCACUGGGAAAAAUCUUACUGAACACUUUGGACAGUUGUUACAGUGGAGGACAAGUAAUGAUGGCCUCCUUGGACAUGUUGAAUGUGCUCCACAAGGAGUUGGUGUCCUGUGAAUUGCUGGACAAAAAUUCAUCUCAAAGAGACACUCAACAGGUCAUGAAAAACUCACUCGUGAUAACGUGUUAAGGUCUAGAAAGAGGUAGACUUUCAACUGUUCAUUUGUUGAUGCAGAUGCUUACAACAUUAAUAGCAAGAGGCAAAUGAAGAUAUAAGCACUCAGAAGGUGACCUGUUAGCCAUCAGAGGCUGGUCAGCUGCUUUGGAGAUAUCCAAAAUCAUAAGUAAUUUUCACAUUACCAUGGACAUUGCUUAACCCUUUACCCUCCCAUGGUAAAUGUCUACAGAACUAUUCCCUGUCAAAAAUGAACAACGGCCGGCUAAUGAAGAAGGAAAGGACUUGUAAAUCCUUGGGAUAGCCGAGAGAAUUUUUUUUGCAAGCCAUUGAACCUUCCUUGUGGUCAAAUAGGACAACAAAAGUUCAACUUCAAAGUAAAUUUAUUAUCAAAGUACGUAUAUGUCAUCGUAUACUACCCUGAGAUUCAUUUUCUUCUGGGCAUUCACAGCAGAACAAAGAAAUAAAAUGGAGUCACAAUAUUCUGCACAGCAAGGUUUACAGAGUUGUUAGUUAAUCAAGCUGAUUGAGGUUGAAGGUAGGUUAAGGAAGCAGAAAGACAAACCAUUCAUUGCCUUCUGUUUCUUAUCCACCUAAGCAAACUGAUGCUGCCUUCGAUUAAUGCCUUUGUCACAUGCUGGGACCUCUGGCAGUUCAAAGCUCUUAAUCAAGCAGAACUGAACUGAAAUAUCAUCAUUGAUUGUGAUUUCAGGUCUUGGAAUGGACCUCAAUUAAUUAAUGUUCUACAUUAUUUACCCUAGAAUAAAUACGUCAUAGAGUCAUACACACUAAAUUUCCUAAUGCUAUAUUAAACUGUAUUGUCCUU